AUCCCGCAAAAAUAUUCGCAUGCUUCAAAUCAUCGGACAGUCAAAUGUUUCAAUAAUAUUAUUAGCGAUAAUAAUAUUUUUGAAAAUUUUUUUGACUUCCCAGACAGUGUUGGUUUAAGUGUCAAUUGUUGAGAAAAAAAUUGUGUAUAAAAUGUACACAUCAACGGUAACACAAUUUGAAGAGCCGCCUAAAAAAAAACCUGUAAAUGAAAUCACCGUGGAACCAAUUUCAGCAGUGGAUGAACCAGCAGCCGAGCAACCUUUAAUCUGGCGAAAUAUAAUUGGGAUUCUGAUACUUCAUAUAUUUGCUUUUUAUUCAUUUGCAACAAAAUGCCAUGAAGCAAAACUGUGGACAUGGAUAUUCAGUCCACUUUAUGGAAUAGCCGCGGGCGUGGGAAUCACUGGUGGAGCACAUCGACUAUGGGCACACAGGAGUUACUCAGCAAAAGUACCUCUCAGAAUAUUGCUGGCAUAUCUUUACUGCAUGGCUGGGCAAACACACAUGUCAAAAUGGAUUCGCGAUCACAGAACUCAUCAUCGAUACACUGAAACUCACGCCGAUCCUCAUAAUUCAAACCGUGGGUUCUUUUUUUCACACGUCGGUUGGCUUAUGAUGCGCAGACACCCAGCAGUUAUUAAAUACGGAAGUAAAAUUGACAUGAGUGAUGUCAAGAGUGAUCCAGUUAUCAAAUUUUUUGACAAGUAUUACACUCCAAUCAUGCUAUUUUUGGCCUUUGUGUUGCCAACACUGAUCCCUGUUUACUGUUGGAAUGAAAGCUGGUCCAUAAGCUUCAGAGCUGUAAUUAUUCGGUAUGUGUGGUUGCUGAAUGCAACCUUCCUCGUCAACAGUUUUGCUCACAUGUGGGGCAAUCGUCCGUACAACAAAACAACAAAGCCCACGGAAAAUCCAACAGUCGCGUUUUUCACGCUUGGUGAGGGUUGGCACAAUUACCACCAUGCAUUUCCAUGGGACUACAAGGCCGCUGAAUUGGGCGCUUACGCUCUCAAUCCAACGACAGCAUUUAUUGACUUUAUGGCGCGGUUUGGUCUUGCUUAUGAUCUUAAAAAACCAAACAAGGAAUUGGUAGAGAGAAUAAGUCGCAGUAAAGGAGACGGAACCGAAAGUUUGUGGGGAAAUAAUUAUCAUUCUCACCACUCAACAAUUGUCGAGUAGAUAAAACGGAUGAGGAGAUUUUUUAUAUUUAAAAUUUUUACGAAAAUAUGUUUAUUAUAAAACACUUAAAUUUAUUUUUAUAAUUUUCUUCACUUCAAUUGUUCGGUAACAAGUGCUUUAAUAGAGUUAGGCAACAGUUGGCGACAACAUUUAAUAUAUCUAUGUAUAUAAUUAUAAUUAUGUUAAAAUUUUUGAACCGGAGAUAAAUUUUGAAUUUCACUAUAAAUUUAAUUUGAAAAUUUUAUGUUUGAAUACUCUCACAAAAUGUUUUAAACAAUAUUCAAGAUAAAAAAAAAACACUAAUGUUUGAUAUAACAAAUUUUGAUGUUGAUAAAUUUAUCGUGAAAUUUAAUUUAUCGUAAAAUAUAUUAUUUUAUCGAAACCUAUGUUACGGUACUUUAAUAAUAAAAACAAGCAGAAUAAUAAUAUAAAUCUAUAAAAAUAUUUUCUAAUAAAUGUUUUAUAGAAAUUACUCGUGAUAAAAAAAAAGGCAACAUAAAUAUUUAACAAAGUUGUCGAUUUAAACGUUACGUAAAACGUAUUAAAAAAGAAAAGUUUACAUAAAUUUAUGCAGCAGUCAACUCACGUAAUAAUAAAAAUGAAGUAAAUAAACAGUUAAAUGAUUCAUAUGAUGUAAUAAAGCAGUAGUAUAUAUUUUUUAAAAAUAGUGUAUUUCACAGUUGGUGAAUACGUUAAAAUCAAUAGUCGGAUAUUUUCUUUCACGGUUACUUUAACAAGUUUCUUGGCAAAAUGUCGUGAAAUUUAUAAGAUUCAAUAUGUAUACGGUCAACCGAAUCUAAGUGAAACCCAAAAAGGUUAAGAAGCUUCAGCCCAAGAAAUUGUUAAGACUUUAAGUAUAUGUUAUAUAUUUUUUUAAAUUUUUCAUCAAUUAAUUUUUUACAAUUUUCUACGUUUAUUUUAUUGUUUAUUUUUUUAUGUGGAUAAAUAUAAUUUAAGUUAAAGAUAAUUUAAUAAUUAUGUAACUACAUGUAUUUGAAAAAAGUGUAUUUAGCAAAAUAAAUAUUUUUACCAGA